ACGGAACCGUUCAAAAAGAUGUUCUAGGUGGUGGUGGCGUGUACGCGACCUAUGGAAUGAGAAUAUGGUUUUCACGUCAAGAAUCUCAACGUAUAGCGUAUUCUUUUCACAGUGGAUACGAUUUUCCUCUAAACAUCCUUCAAAGUUUAUUAGAGCUCAAUAUUUCACUUACACAAAUAUGGCAUUCAAAUCUACCAUCUAUUCGCGGGUUAAACACAUUCAAAACUGUGAAUCAACGUUUAUUCGCAUAUCAAACACCACCUAUAGGAACGGUUCCGUCGGAUCUGCCAAGUUCUUAUUUGAAUGCUAAAAUUUUUCAUUUUAUCUGUUCAUCAAUUUGGGCUUCACAACAUGUUACAGAUAUCCUAAGAUUGCGCGACAAACGAUUGCCGCCACCUAUUUUUGUUUGGGAACCUAUACCCGAAGGUGCUUCAAAGGAGAAUAUUCAAUCUUGUAUUGAAGCAAUGAAAAUGGUGGAUGUUGUAUCACCAAAUCACGAAGAAGCGGCAGCGUUGUUGGAAAUGUUAAUAUAUAUGGCGGAUAAAUUUUUAAAACAUCAGAUUGGCCCUCAUGGAAAUGGAAGUGUCGUUAUUCGAGCAUCUUACAAAGGUUGUUUGGUGGCAACAAAAGAAAAGAAGGAAAUAAUACCAGCAUAUUGGACUGCAUUAAAAGAUGGUAAUAGAAAUCCACAUGUUGUAGAUGUAACCGGAGCUGGAAACGCAUUUUGUGGUGGUUUUAUGGUUGGUUUACUAAAGUCAAAUUUUGACGUAUUUGAAGCUGCGCUUUAUGGAGCGGUAAGCGCAUCAUUUACUGUAGAGCAACUUGGUACUCCUCGAUUAAGCUUUGACGAAAGGGGUAAUGAAAUAUGGAAUUCAGGUGAUAGUUCAUCGGUAAGAUUGCAGAAAUUGAGAUCAAGAGUCAAGGAAAAGCUCAAAGAAGUUUUAAAGGUGAAGCUAAAAGAAAGGAUAGACAUGAAAAAAAUGCAGAUUAAGGAUCACAAUGGAAUCAAUUAG